AGAUAGAGAGACACACGAUGGAGAGAAAGAGGAGCGGGGCAAGCAACAAAAAGAAGAGUGUUGCCUCAAAGGAGACCACCCCCUCGAGCACUGAGGAGGAAACCUCAGGGGAGACCAAGGAUACCUCUAGCAGGAGCUCACUACGCGACGAGAGGGACACUCGGGGCUCUGUCUCUCCUCGACCCGUCUCCAGCACCUCGACCUCUCCCAGCCCCAUAGCCCAGCUCAUGACGAGGACUGGUUACAGUAUAUACCAGCAGAACAAUCAGAGGCGCUACGGGCCACCGCCUGGCUGGACCGGGCCACCUCCUAAGAAAGGCUGUGAGAUCUUCAUUGGAAAGAUCCCUCGAGACUGCUUUGAAGACGAGCUCGUUCCCAUUGUUGAGAAGGCCGGCCCCGUCUAUGAGAUGAGGCUAAUGAUGGACCACAGUGGUAGCAUGAACCGCGGGUAUGCUUUCGUCGUCUACUGCAAGGCUCAAGAUGCUAAAAAAUCAGUCAAACUCCUCAAUGAAUACGAGAUCAGGAAGGGCCGUACUAUUGGGGUGUGUAUGAGUGUCGAUAACUGUCGUUUGUUUGUGGGCGGGAUCCCUAAAUGUUUGACAAAGGAAAAUAUAAGAGAAGAGAUGGAGAAAGUCACAGACGGUGUGGCUGAUAUUAUAAUGUAUCCAGCAGCAUCUGACAAGAGUAAAAACAGAGGUUUUGCUUUUGUUGAGUAUGCCUCACACAGAGCAGCUGCUAUGGCUCGCCGUAAGCUCAUUAACAGCCGGGUCAGACUAUGGAAUCAUGUGGUAGCUGUUGACUGGGCUGAACCUGAGCUCGAGGUAGACGAGGAAACAAUGGCAACGGUCAAGAUUCUUUAUGUAAGAAACUUAAUGCUCACCACUACAGAGGCUCAGUUAAAUAAAGCAUUCUCGCAUCAUGCACCUGUGGAGCGUGUUAAGAAAAUCAGAGACUAUGCUUUUGUACAUUUUAACUCAAGGAGUGGAGCUCUUACUGCAAUGAAAGCCAUGAAUGGUUCUGUGUUAGAUGAUGCAGUGAUUGAGGUCACGUUAGCUAAACCCGUAGAUAAAGAAGCCCAGAUGCGUAACCCUCCACGUCAUCAGAAAUCGCCCUCUCCUCCUACCAUUCCUCCUCCUUACGGGAUUCUCCCCAUAGACUACUCUAUGUUACCUUCGCUUUACUUUCCUCCAUCACCAAAAGUUUUUUCUAGAAACAGUAUGGGCAAUAAAGUUGUCAGAACUCCCCCAAACUCGAAAGGGAAAUCCCAAUCCUUUUAUCCGCCUCAUUCACUGUCCUUUGGUCACCCACAGGCGCAACUAGUCUUUCCAGCUAGCCCAGUUCAAGGUCCUUACAUGGCGCAAUACAUGGACUCUCCGAAGAGACCGCAAAUAUCUGAGGAGGCAGCUAUUUUUGAUGUUAUUCCAGGAUUAGACAUCUCUCCGGCUCAUCCCCAUCAAGCUCCUCCUUCUCAACACCCUCUACCUCCAUCAUCAUUUCCUGUGAAACAACCAAGGCUUUUAAUGCAGAUACUAGAAGACCUUUGUAUGAAAAGCAAUUGGGGGCAACCGCUUUAUUGCUUGCAUAGCACAAGUACUUCACCAGAAGGAUCACUCUUUCAGUAUAAAGUUUACAUACCUGCCUUAAGUACAACUUAUAUUCCAUCAAAGUUAAGUCGCUCUGUUGAGGAGGCCCAGUGCACUGCUGCUGAAUAUGCUUUAGUUCAGAUGGGCCUUUCAAUUGAAGGUGCUAGUUAUCCUACACUUGCUGGGGUCCCUCCUCCUCCUCCUCUAGCACCUGUUGAUCCAUUAGCUCCUGUUACUAUCCAACCCGCACAGAAUCCUCAUCAUGGUUUUGUCGGGCUACCAGCCACACCCAAAACUCUUUCAUCCAGACCAGCUCCGCCUACUUGGUCGCCUGAUCCAGCACUGAUAACUGGAUUUGAAGCUACACCGUUUCCUAUUCCUCCGCCACCUCCUCAUCUUGCAUUCUCUCCUCACACAGAACUUUACCACCACCGUGGCUUCUAGCUACAUAUUUACUCACCCUCUCUCUCUCCUCUCAUUAUACAUGACUCUUUAGAUAUUGCAUCACUUUCAUUCAUGUAAAUGUCAGAUGUAGAGGGAGUUGCAGAAUACUCACUUCAAUGGCACAGUUUUUCACUCCAAUUUGAGCAGCUGUUCUUGAAAAGGGACUCUGAGCUUAUAUAUUAUUAUUAUUAUUAUUAUUAUUAUUAUUAUUAUGUGUCUGUUUAUCUAUGUGUUUGUACAUUUUAUUGAAUAGAGGUCUUUGUACAAUGUAUUUUAAGUUAAGUAUUCUUGUGUUUUAGUCAUUGUUCUGUUAUUGUAGUUAUUAUUUAAAAAGGUUAGUUAUUAACUACAUUGUAA